CCCCGCUUCCCAGGCUCUGAGACCCCGCCCUCCGCGGCUCGGCUCAGCGGGGGCCGGGCCGGAACUGCGUAGCUGCCGGUGCUCCGGCCCUUCCCGGUCGGCGCGGCCAUGGGCUCCGCGCUCGCGGCCCUCCUCCUGCUGCCGUCCCUGGGACUCGUGUUCCUGGGCCUGUGGCCAGAGCCAGGCAGUGGGCAAGAUGACAGCAUGGUCCAGCUACCAGGUGGGACAUUCCGGAUGGGGACAAAUUCCCCAGAUGGCAAAGACGGGGAAGGGCCUACUCGGGAAGUAACAGUAAAGUCCUUUGCCAUUGACAAAUACCCUGUCACCAACAGAGAUUUCAGGGAAUUUGUCAGGCAGAAGAAGUACCAGACGGAAGCUGAAUCAUUUGGGUGGAGUUUUGUCUUUGAAGACUUAGUAUCUGAUGAGCUGAAAAAGAAAGUGACCCAGAAGCUGGAGUCUGCACCCUGGUGGCUCCCAGUGGAGAAGGCAUUCUGGAGGCAGCCUGCAGGUCCAGGCUCUGGCAUCCGAGAGCGCUUAGACUUCCCUGUGCUGCACGUGAGCUGGAACGAUGCCCGAGCUUUCUGUGCCUGGCGAGGCAAGCGACUGCCUACCGAAGAGGAGUGGGAGUUUGCUGCCCGGGGAGGGCUGAAGGGUCGAGUGUAUCCCUGGGGGAACCAGUUCCAGCUGAACCGCACCAACCUGUGGCAGGGCAAGUUUCCCCAGGCUGAUACAGCUGAGGAUGGUUUCCAUGGAGCCUCGCCCGUAGAUGCUUUCCCUCCCCAAAACAACUAUGGACUCUAUGAUCUCAUGGGCAACGUGUGGGAGUGGACAGCAUCCACAUAUGAACCUCCCAUACCCGGCCAAGACAAGAAAGUUCUGAGGGGAGCAUCCUGGAUUGACACAGCAGAAGGCUCAGCCAACCACCGAGCCCGAGUCACCACCAGGAUGGGCAACACUCCAGACUCUGCCUCAGACAAUCUGGGAUUCCGUUGUGCAGCUAGCCCAGGCCGGCCUCUUGGGGAACUAUGACCAGAGAUCAAGAGACAAGGGAAACAAUCCCCUGUGACCCUGCCCCCUGGCCAGCCAAUGCCUUAUCAACACAACAUCGGGCCUAGAUGAAGGAACAGCUGGAGUGACUCCAAACUAUACCCUGACCACAUCAGUCAUUCUGCCUGUCUCAAUCCCCACUUCCCAGUCCCCACUGAGUCCCACUGUGCUGAGCAUUCUAAUGCUAAAAAUGACCAGGACCUACAAGACUAGGCCCACCCCCAACUCAGGGAACCAAAAUCCUCAGUAUUAACUGUAGUUUAAGGAUGACAAACACAUGUUCCUGCACAUUAAAUGGAAAAAGAAAGCUUAUAGCUAAGAUUUGUGGAUUGUUGAAAAUGGAUUGGAUCUUUAAUACCAUGGAGUACAGAAGUUCUCAACCUAAUUUAGCUAUAUAAUACAGAUUUGGGUCUUGAUAUGUAUUUGUUGGAACUCUAAAGUAGUUCUCCAGAGGGUAGGGGUUGAAGGAUAUGAGAUUAUGAAAUAUUCUCUGAAAAUUAAGGGAGGGGAAAGGGAAAAUCUUGGAAUGAAAUUUAGUUUUUCCAUGUCAAAAAUUAUUGUAUUUUAGACAUUUCAUCAUUUACACCAAUAUUAUAGAGCAGUAUUAGCAUAUUUUAAGAGGGAAGAAUAGCUUUAUUCCUAAUGAAAUGUCUAAUAGUAUUGUGUCAUUUCUAGUUUUAGAACCUACUUCCCAAGGUGGUUGUGAGGAUCCAGUCAAAAGUCCUUAACAUACAGUAGGCAGUAUUUGCCCAUUCCUUUUCUUUCCCCUUCUGUGGAAUCCAAUUUGGUUAUCGAUGGUCUUAUAUAAGCCCCUCAUUUGACAAGUGGGGAAACUGGAGCUCAGGGAAAGUGACCACCCCAAAGCCAGCAGACAGAACUAAUCCUUUUUUCAUUCAGUACCGAGUAGCUUCCUCUACUAGGCAGAAGUUACCAAGAGACUGUAGGUAGUUAACAAGAGAAGUGCCCAAAAGACUGUUACUGGAGAGACUGUAGGUAGGCAGGGAUUAGGAAUGCCCAGAUAUGCAGUGACACCAGGGCAGGAAGCAGAGUCCAUGCUUCCCCAUGUUCACCCUCCCAGAUUUCAGGUUGGGUUCCUAAUUAGCAGAGGGGGACACCCUGCCUCUUCCCUGGAAAACCCAGUAAGAGGGCACCCAGGGAGGCAGCCUUAAGUCAGUACAAAUCCUUUCCUCUAGGCAUGUCCUUAGACUGCAGCUUAAUGCAGUCACCGAGAUUUGCCUCAGAAACCGCUGCUCAGAGGGCGACUGCUAGAAUCAAACGGCUCCAGCCUUGCACAGCUGGGACCAGGACCAUGGGUCCUCAGAACAACUCACUGGAGUCUGAGAUUCCUUUUUCUUUGUCCAGUGACAGUAAAUACAUUGAAGAACUGGCACAGGCCAAAGGGACACAGCCUUCAUGGAUCAGUACUUGUGAAUCUUCUCACUGCAAUCAGGAGCAGAGCAUAUCCUAGGGCUGGCCCUCUCCCCCACCUUUACACAGAGCUGUGCACUGAGAGGCAGAGGCUGGGUUUUAGUCACAACUUUCCCACUAACUAGCUGGGUAACCCCAGCUUAAGGCUUAAGGCAAGGCCUUAAACUCUCUGGGCUUAAGAAGAGUCAGUGACCUCGAGGGCUCUUUGUAGUGCUUAAAACUAUGUCCCUUGUGCGCCAAUAAUGUCAUGAGCUUACAUUUUAAGAGGCACCGUGCCUUAGAGCUUGCCUCUGCUGUGUUUUGGCUGUGUGACCUUGAACAACUACUCUGGGCAAUGAACUCAGAGAAGCUAGUGACCUGCAUUGGUAGGUAGAAGGAUUUUCCUUCAGAGUUUCCAGUUUCACCAAAAUCACUGACUCCUUUACUGUGGUUGGAGAUUGGAGCAUUAAGUAUCAUCAUUGGUUUACAUGUUAGGAGAAAUAUGUUCAUGUUCAUCCAGCUAAUUUAUCCCCAAACUUAAAUCUCCCAGAAUUCCCUUUUCUAGUCGAGCCUGUUGCUGAUCAUGGCAACAUAUCUGUACCCUGGCAACAUCCCUGACCAACAGUGAAAGCCAACCCAGCCUUCACCUGGAGAUCUCUGGUGACAUGCUGUCACAAAUGGGUACAGUCAAUUUCACUCGGAAACUUCUCCAAUUGGCUAAGUUUCUUUCAGCAAAAGCUUAAAUUUGCAUCUUUGUAAGUACUCUAGGGCCCAGUAUUCCAACAGAACAGCCCUCUAAACAUGUGAAGACAUCUCUCUUGUCCCUCUUUCCCCAUGGCAUGAUCUCAAGGUGCUUCACUUUCCUGGCUAUUUUGCUUGGCUCUGCAUCAUUCCAAGUUGAUUUUUCCUUGUUUGUAUUAUCACUUACACUUUCUUAUAAUACAAGUAAUAUUCUGCUUU